AGUUGAUGCGUAAAUUAGAAAAGGAAGAAGAAAAAUCAUAAUAUCAAACUCCUGAAAAAUCAGUUUUUCAUUUGUGCAUAGUAAAUUUAGUUAUAGGAACACUUUAUUAUUCAAAAAAUAAUUAUGCAUUCGGUAUUUUUAGAGUUAUCAAAUCACUUGAACCAUAUAAUAAAAAAAUAAAUAAAUCAAAUCUAUUAUAGAUUAAUACAGAUACUUGGUAUUAUGUGAAGAGAUGUUUCCUUGCUUUGAUUGAAGUAUAUUAGCUAAACAUAUCAUAAUUCUAGAAGAUAUUUCAUAUAAUGAAAUCUUGGAUUUUCUCGAUGCAGCUGAUCAAUAUGGCAAAUCUAUUCCCUCUGUAUUUAUUUAUUAUAUAUAAAUAUAUAGGAAAUUAAUCCAUUAGAAAUAACUUGAUGAUAAAAAUACAGUGUCAUAUGAAGCCAGGAUGAUAAAGAGGAUGUUUCUUAAAUUAAGAACAUGA